AUCAUUGUAGCUCACACUGACUGUCACCACAAAUUCUGCUCGGCACAGAAUGCUGAUGAGAAUAAGGAUCUCAUCUGUCGCCCUGCUUUAUUUUGGAAGGUUUGAAUGAUGUGUGUCCCUCAAAAACACCACAAUUUACCUGUCUUGUUAUGAGAAAGGUGUGCUGCUCGAAAGCUCACAGUGUUUAUACACAAGGACUGAGAAUUAAGACAUGGGGAACACCUUUAAGUCUGCAGCUGCUGAGAAGGAAUCAGAUAUUGUGGAAUCUCUUACAGCAAACAACAAUGAUAGGCUUGUUAUGAUCUACGACUACCCCCCAGCAACGAUAAGCCAACCAAUCUUCAGGACAGGGGAGAAACUGCGCAUUAUAGCAGAAGAAGGUGAUUGGUGGAGAGUGAGGUCCUUCAGCACUGGAUCUGAGAACUACAUCCCACGUGCCUGUGCUGCCAGAGUUUACCAUGGUUGGCUUUUUGAAGGAAUCGGGAGACAGAAGGCUGAAGAGUUAUUACAGCUUUCGGGCAAUAGACUAGGCUCCUUCUUGAUAAGACAAAGUGAAAGCCAAAAGGGUACAUAUUGCCUAUCUGUCAGGUACUACGGUGAUGUAUCUCAGAAACUAGUGAAGCACUAUCGGAUUUUCCGUUUGCCUAAUAAAUGGUAUUAUAUCCAAGAACGUCUCACCUUCCAGUGUUUAGAAGAUCUGGUAAACCACUAUUGCGAGGUAGCAGAUGGUCUGUGCUGUUUGCUAACCCAUCCUUGCCUGGCUGAGCUUGGCACUGAAACCUCUUCUGAACAGCCUGUCAUCUUAUGUCGCAACCAAUUCAAUUGGAAAAAUGUGAAAAGGGCUGAACUGUUGAGCACCAAUUCAACGUCUCGAGAUGAAGCCUUCGUUAGUUAUGGACUCCGGCACAGCAUCGCAUCUUAUAUGACUUUGUCACAGAUCGAUGAUGAUUCAAUCAGUGACAGCAGCAAGAAGAAAUGGUUCCCAACCAUCAGAUCCAGUGCUCCAAACAGGCACAGCUGCCUCCUCACGACAACACUGAGAGAUCCAUAUGAGGAUGACUUUGAAUGACAGUGUGCCCUACAGCAGCUAGCGGCAUACUUGCACUUUAGCAAGUUAAUAACUAUCAUGUUAAUGAUUCUCACCAUUCCAUUGCAAAUCAGAACCGGCAAUCAGUGGAGAAAGCUGCUCUCCAGGUCUAUUCACUGAUGGCUUGCUGCCUUUUUGCAAAAUCUGUAUAACAUUGUCAGAUUUUUUUUGAGCAGUUUUAUUUACCGGAAUCUGGUACCCUUCUGUUUGAGUUAAUGUAUUAUUGAUCAUACGUGAUGUCAGUCUAUAUGUACUUCACCCCUCAUCAUACCAGCCUGAGAUUAUUGCUUUGUACAUAUAUUUAAAUCACACAAAUGGCGUAUUUUGUUUCAUUUUGCAUUCAUAUUUGGCGAGGAUCUCUACUCAAAGGGUGGAAGUGAAGUGACUAAUCUGUGCUGAAAUUUUGUGUCUUGCAUUUUUUUUAACUUGUGUAUUUAUAUUACUCAUUCAGCAGUUAAAGCCUUCCGCAUUGUCUGACAGAGUACAGAGCCCUUUCUGAUCCAUUGCAGGGUCAGAAAGUUACAAUCUGUUCUAAAACUGGGUCAGACACCCAUAUUAUUUCCUAAGCAGUUUCUUAUAAAAUAAAACUUUCUUUGACGAUUUGUGCACACCAUCA